GUUUUUAUGUCAUGUGAAUAAUGAAAAAGGUUUCCUGAUGGGCACAGACUUAGCUUUACGACUUUACUCAACAUUGUCGAUGAUUCAUCAUCUCACUGAAACUAAUUCUGCUGAAAAAAAUUAUCCGAAUAAAAAAUCGAUCGCUGGUUUGCUAGAUGAGAAAAAAAGGUGUCGACGGGGGAAACAUGUAGGUAAGUCAGGGUUGGCAGGAUUUUUUAAUCGCUAUUUUCCUAGAAUAUUUGCAUAGUGGCAGGUGCCCUGGAAUAAGAGACACGAACUAGCUCACUUCUUUAAUUGGUCUCAAGGAAGUCACGUCGCCGACGAAGCGUUUGUCAUCCUGGUUCAGUUGAAUAUUCAUGUUCAUCCUCUACAUAAAGAUAUUUGAACAGCAACAACAAACACUAAGAACAUCGGAGUCUACAGAGAAUCACUGUAUCUUUACACCGGAAAAUUAACUCGCAUCACUUCAUGAGUUUUGGUUAGUUUUUGGAAAUUCACCUUCCUUUACGACCCGUAAAUUGCCCCAAAAGUCCGUUGCCGGAAACCGAGUGAUAAAUACAAAACAGUGAAAACCAAACAAAGAUACCGCUAAGACGCCAACGCAAUAUUACGCACAGAUAGAGAAUUUUGGAGGCGCCUACAGUGAUUGUAACGAGAAGCUUUUUUUCGAUAUAAACAAGAUAACUAUGAACGACUCGGGGAAUUUAACUUUUGAGGAAGGGCAAUCAUCUGGAACUACAGCCGUGGUUGUUGCACAAAGUGUUUUUCUAACGCUAGUUAUGUCAGUUGGAGCAGUCGCCAAUAGCUUUAUUUGCCGAUGUAUCCUCGUUCAUCGCUCUUUGCGCACUAUCACCAACUCGUUCAUAUUUAACCUUGCCGCCACAGACUUACUGUUAUCUGUACUCUGCAUGCCAUUCGUGCUGGUCUCGUCUAUCAAAGGGAUAUGGGUUUUUGGCGAGGUGAUGUGCGUUAUCACGGGAUUUCUCCUUUCCGUCUUCUGUAUAACAUCCAUAUUGACCUUGGCUCUAGUCGCUAUCGAUCGCUACCUUGCGAUCUGUCGUCCUCUGAAAUAUUGUACACUUGUAACGCAUAGAAGCUGCUUGAUGAUGAUCGUGUACGUUUGGUUUCAUGCAGCUGUUUGCGCCAUUAUGCCAGUGUUCGGCUGGGGAGAAGGUUACAGAUUUGUGGCUGUGGAAUUUAUUUGUCGACCUUCAUUUGGCAAACCUUCUGUCGACAACGGAUACACUUUCUUUCUGUUUCUAAGUUGUUUCGUGGCUCCUUUCUCGAUCAUCGCUUUCACCUACUUAUCCAUCUUAUGCACCGCAAGGAGACAAUUCAGACGGGUUCACCACCACAAAGGAUUAAACGUUGGCGAAUUGAGCAACGUAACCCAAGGCAAUUCACAAUUUAACGGAGAAACGACAUUUGUCCGCACGCCCGAAAACACGGUGAUCGCCGAUGAAAUCACAUCUGCAACUAACACGUCUCGUGCUAAAAAGUUGUAUGCCCCGAAAGCGAUACGAAACAAACGAAAGCAGAAAGUGCGUGGUUUCAAAAUGCUGUGGAUUAUCAUAGUAGUUUUUCUUAUCUGUUGGAGCCCGUAUUUCUUACUUAUAUUUUACGGUUCCAUAAAUCACCAAAGUUUCUCGAAAGCAGUCAAAGUUCCCACAACUUUACUGACGUUUCUCAACAGCGCGUUAAAUCCUUUCCUAUACGGGUUUUUGAAUGGAAAGUUUCGUGACAGCAUGCGGAACUUUCUCGGGCAAAAUAUCACUUUCUGCAAGUGCUGGAAACAAACUGCGACAGAAUCACAUGUACAUCACAUUUAUUAGAUAUUUUUUCUCAGUUUCUGUUUCGCAUGUAUGUGUCUCUUGCGCGUAACAAUUAAAGUUGACAAAUCGAGGACAGAAGACGGAUAGCUGUCGCGGCCUUACAUCGAAUCAUUUGUUUUAAUUGUUAUUUUACCUAGCAGUCACUCCCUGUUUACAAUUGUACCCCCGACCAAUUAACGAUGAAGUCGAAACAAAGUUUUUCAGUUAUGUUAGAGACAAUAGAUAAAAGGUCUCAAGGCUUCUUUCUGAAUACAAAUGAUGUGAUUGGUUUACCAUUUGGCUUAUUUCUCAAAACACUAAACGCCUUCGGCUUAGUUUCAUUGUAAUCGUGUAUGCAUUUCACUCCGAUUUCCAAUUUCAUAAACCACAGCAGGUGGAGCUUGGCGAAAUACAUUUCGCUCCUUUGGCAAAAAUUAUUUCAAGUUAACAAGUUCAUCGUGUACUUGUUUUAUUUUGUUUCGUUGCCAAUGAUCGUCGUUGUUCCGUUUUAUUUUGUUUUCAAAAAAGGGUUUAAUGUAACUCGAGACUGAAUUUCCUCCAUUCACCUUCUCAUGAAAAAUCUGAUAAAUUUUUGACUCACUGGAGGAAAAUACAAUUAUUCACUGAAAAACCAUCCUGCAAUCUAUUAAACACCAUUGUGAUUCUUUUGACUCCCCAAAUUAAUUUUAUCUUUGUUCUAAGCAAUUCCAAGCGCAUAAUUAAUUGAGGAAAAACAUUCUGACUUAAAGUUUUGCCUCAGGCUACUUCGUGAUAACCUUUUUUACUAUUUCAACCGGAUGGGCUAGUCAUUUUUAUGAAGCUCUCCGACGUUGCUUUUAAAAUAUGUAAAGUUCUACUGAUGGGCUAACUUUCUAACAGAGUUGACCUUAGCCUGACAGCUGCAGAGACAUCCGAAUCGCAAAAGCGCAAACCUUGGCCGUUUCUUUACAAGGUCAUCGUGCACCACUCGCUUUGAAACGGCGUAAAGUUUUUUCGAUCUCAAUCUUUAGUGCUACAAACGCAGGGCAAAAGUAGCGACUCACAGAAGCAUUCAACCCAGCAAUAUCAACAUUAACAGUGGAAUAGAACUUGUAGGAGCAUGCAUGCCCUCGAUUAAGAGACACCAAAACUGGAGAGCUGUACGGCAGCGGACAGCUGAGGGAACAAAUAUUCCGAAUACGCUUUUCACAGCUGUUGAGAACGAGCCAAUCACAGCGGAGUAUAUGCUUUGUAACCAGCCGUUACCGCCCGAGAAAGAUUAGCAAUCUGUUAUCGAACUUCGCGGUUACAUCAAAAGUGAAAACAUCGAUCGUAAGACGGUAAAUAAAAAUUCAUUAGCAGAGACAACUCUUAUGUCUUUACUUAGCGGAUUUAUGUCUUUUCCCUUUAAUUCGGAAUUUUUGGCAAAAAUGUUGAAAUAAACGUAUAUCAUAGCAAAGAUCAUUGUAUCCCCAAAUUUCAAAAUGCAUGGCAUUAGUUUAAUUAAAAAAAUUGGUUAAAGCUUUGAAAAGCCAAAACUCAACGUUGUAAGAAUCUGUUUUUUGUACCCUACUCAAAAUUCUUUGG